UGCCUCUGUCUAACGGGACAGGGUGACUUCACAGGGUUCCUCCUGGGCAGGUGCUCCGGAACCUUCUCUCAGCCUGCCUGCCUGGGACACGGCCACCCCUCCCGCCCAGCCGAGUCGGGGUGCAGGGUGAAGGAAGGGCCGGGCCGGGCUGGGGGCGGAGGAAGGCGAGGCAGGCACGCGGGAACUGGGCUUUUUAAAUGCUUAAACCCAAGGAAAUCGUAGCAUCGCGGGACGGGGAAAAUGAAAGACUUUGGAAGUCGCCAGGAAUUUGACUCUGUGAGUUGGUUUCCAAGAGGCUAAGUUAAGCAUCUCCAAGUGGAUAUUAAAAAGGAGCAGUGAGACUCCGGCAGCGGCGGGAGCUGGGAGUGGAGGGAGGAGGCCGCCGGAAGCUGCUGGACCUCUGUAGCCUCCGCACCGAGGGACACGCCGCGGCCAGCGCUAACUCCCGGGGCCACCCUGGCCCUUUCCCCCGCCGCUUCUUUUUGAAUUUCUCUCCUUUGCUCCCUUUCUCCUCUGGUUUGAAGAGACAAUGCUACUUCAGUUUGGAGCACAAACAUAUGAUCAGCACAUGGAAAUGUGGUAAUUUGGAUGCAUUCGUGAUUGCAACAGAUUGAAGAAAUUAGACCAGACAAAGAGUGUUUUUGGAGGAGGAGGAGGAGGAGGAGGAGGAGGAGGCAGAAAGGGGGGGCGACGGGGGUGAGAAAGGGGACGCCAGGACGCCCGCGUGCUGCUAAAUAUAUCCGUAGGAAUGGAGAGGGACCGGAUCUCAGCCUUGAAAAGAUCUUUUGAGGUCGAGGAGGUCGAGACACCCAACUCUACCCCACCCCGGAGGGUCCAGACGCCGCUGCUCCGGACCACUGUGGCCAGCUCCACCCAGAAAUUCCAGGACCUGGGCGUGAAGAACCCGGAGCCGGCGGCCCGCCAUGUAGACUCCCUAAGCCAGCGCUCCCCCAAGGCUGCCCUGCGGAGGGUGGAGCUCCCGGGGCCCAAGGCGGCCGAGCCUGUGUCGCGGCGCACGGAGCUGUCCAUCGACAUCUCGUCCAAGCAGGUGGAGGGCGCCGGGGCCACUGGGCCAUCCCGGUUCGGCCUCAAGAGGGCCGAAGUGCUCGGCCACAAGACACCAGAGCCGGUCCCUCGUAGGACGGAGAUCACCAUCGUCAAGCCCCAGGAGUCCGCUCACCGCAGGAUGGAGCCCCCCACCGCCAAGAUCCCCGAGGUGCCUGCCGCCCCCGCCGCCGACGCAGUCCCCAAGAGGGUGGAGAUCCAGGUGCCCAAGCCAGCCGAGGCGCCCGCCGCCCCCAGCCCACCCCAGACCCUGGAGAAUUCUGAGCCCACCCCCUUGUCUCAGCUGCAGAGCAGGCUGGAGCCCAGGGCCCAGCCCCCCGUGGCCGAGGCCCCACCCCGGAGCCAGGAGGCCACUGAGGCAGCUCCCGGCUACGCUGGCGACAUGGCCGACACCCCCAGAGACGCCGGGCACAAGCAGGCGCCCGCGCCACGGAACGAGAAGGCCCCCGUGGACUUCGGCUACGUGGGGAUCGACUCCAUCCUGGAGCAGAUGCGCAGGAAGGCCAUGAAGCAGGGCUUCGAGUUCAACAUCAUGGUGGUUGGGCAGAGCGGCUUGGGGAAAUCCACCUUAAUCAACACCCUCUUCAAAUCCAAGAUCAGCCGGAAGUCGGUGCAGCCCACCUCGGAGGAGCGCAUCCCCAAGACCAUUGAAAUCAAGUCCAUCACGCACGACAUCGAGGAGAAGGGCGUCCGGAUGAAACUGACAGUGAUCGACACGCCAGGCUUCGGGGACCACAUCAACAACGAGAACUGCUGGCAGCCCAUCAUGAAGUUCAUCAACGACCAGUACGAGAAGUACCUGCAGGAGGAGGUCAACAUCAACCGGAAGAAGCGCAUCCCGGACACGCGCGUCCACUGCUGCCUCUACUUCAUCCCUGCCACCGGCCACUCGCUCAGGCCCCUGGACAUUGAGUUCAUGAAGCGCCUGAGCAAGGUGGUCAACAUCGUCCCUGUCAUCGCCAAGGCCGACACGCUGACCCUGGAGGAGAGGGUCUACUUCAAGCAGCGGAUCACCGCGGACCUGCUGUCCAACGGCAUCGACGUGUACCCCCAGAAGGAGUUUGACGAGGACUCCGAGGACCGGAUGGUGAACGAGAAGUUCCGGGAGAUGAUCCCGUUUGCUGUGGUGGGCAGUGACCACGAGUACCAGGUCAACGGCAAGCGGAUCCUGGGGAGGAAGACCAAGUGGGGCACCAUCGAAGUGGAAAAUACCACACACUGUGAGUUCGCCUACCUGCGGGACCUGCUCAUCAGGACGCACAUGCAGAACAUCAAGGACAUCACCAGCAGCAUCCACUUCGAGGCCUACCGCGUGAAGCGCCUCAACGAGGGCAACAGCGCCAUGUCCAACGGCGUCGAGGAGAAGGAGCCGGAAGCCCAGGAGAUGUAGACGCCUCCCCCGCCCCCCCGGACCCUGCCCCCGAGUCCUCCCCACCCCCCGGCCUGCCCAUUGCCCCAUUUUAUUUUAUAUAAUUUUCUCCGUUUGUCAUCGUUCUCCGCCCCUUUGACACGCUGCCAUGUAACAAGAUAAGGUGCGUCCUCUGGAGUGCGUUUGUCAUUAGCCCGCUGAGUGCGGGCGCGGGGUGGGCGGCCCUCGGGCUGCAGGCGGCCUCCCCGGCCCUGAGGUCUGGGGGCAGCUGGACGGUAGCCGAAGGAGGGGCGCAAGGACCCCGAAUCGACGUGGCCCUGUGUCUCAGGCCCGGCUUCCUGAGGGCCCGGGGAGCAGCUGCCAUCUGUGCCGACCCUGGUCCGGGUGGAGUUCUCAGAGAUGGGGCUCCGGUGCGGACCAGGCCCCCGCAGGGCCCAUCAGGAGGCUCCUCCAUCCUGCUUGGCCACAGCCCCCAGAGGGUGUCGGGGCUGUGCCCAGGGGCAGAUGGAGCCGGCCGGGUGGACCUGGACCCCCCCACGCCCCCCAGCUUCGUGGGCGAUCACCAGACCACAUAACUCAGAGAGCACCUGCCCCUACCCUGCUCCCCGGGGGAGGCCAGAGAAUCCCACAAACCUCAGUUGCCGACUGCGCAGACACGGCUUGGCCCCUUGGCAGCCGCCCGCCCGUAAGCCCGUCCCGGGGCAGAAAGUGCCUUUAUCUCAGCCGUCCGAGAGCCACUUGAGCCAGACAGGCCAGGUUGGAGUGGGGGAGGCGAGUCUGCACCUCCCCACCGUCCCACCGCGCGUCUCUACCUCCCACGGGGCUGCAGGGGCUGCGGACGUGCCGGGCCCCGACUGAGGACAAAAGGGAAGGAAAAACGAUGCGCCCACCCCACCCCUGAUUUUUGGGAAGGUCUAAGCAAGUGAAUCUGGAGGAGGAGCUGAGGGAGGAAGCCGUGGAAGGUGCCGGAAGGAAGGUUGGGUGUGGGGGCAUGUGGCCGUGGCUUGGGCUGGUUGGAGCGGCCUAAGUGCCUGCCCUGCCCCAUGUGACUGGGGAAGUGUGUGCGUGUCCGUCCGUCUGUCCAGUCUGGUUUGGCCCCAGACUGAGUGAUAGUUCCCCAAUGCUCAGGCCGCCCCUGCAGCACUCACCCCUCCGUGGCUCUGGCUUUGCUGGCCCACGACCUGGGAGGUGGGGGGCCGGGUGAGCCUGGGCCCCUGCACCCCGGAGCCCCAGGAGGAGAGACGAGGGGUCCGUGUGCACAGUCCUCAGCCAGGCUGCGGAGCGAGGAUUCACGGCAGCGAGGCCGGCCCCCUCACCCUCUGUCCCCAGCAGGGGACCAGCAGGGCCGUCAUGGCUGCACAGCUGGCCAGAGCCCCUCCCUGCCCGAUCCUGUUUUGCUCGUGGGGAGAGGGAGAGGUCAGACGAGAGCGCACACAGGUGCAGCACCUGCCUGUAGGCCCGGGCUGGCUUCCUGCGGCGCAGAGGGGCGCGGCGGGAGGCAGGUGCAGGCUGGGGGUGUGCGUGCACGUGUGUGGGAGCCACUGUCCAGCAUCUCGCUCCCUCCCCACCUGAGAGAGGAAGGGCCCCCACCAAACCCUUCAGCGGGAUAGUUUACUUGCCAACUUGCCGUGUUUUUGCCAAAACCAAGAUUUGGAAGGAAGUGUCCAUCUCUGGCGCCAGGGCCUGGCCGUGGGGUGGCGGGUGGCAACAUCCCGCCCGGCUGGCUUCGCUUUCCCUCUGUGUGCCGGAUCUGCGACCCGUUAGCUCCCUCAGGCUCUGUUCCGCAACAGCCUUCUGCUCGGUGCCUCCCGAGAAAAUUGUCUCUUUUUGUAUAAAUGACUAAGUGUUGAAAGUGUAUUUCCUGAAAUAAAUGUUUCACAUGCAAACCC